AUGCUGACCCUCAACCUCUUAGCCAUCUAUGUGGGAGUGCUCGCUGUUGUAGCAGACGCCCAGGUUUCGUCGGACCCGGCUUCCGCUGCGUACUCGCUGUCUGCUUUCGCUAUUGGAGACUGGGGAACAACUCCCUUCAAGGGCUCUUGCUGCUCCCGUUCGGACACGUACAGCAACUACGACGUUCAUGCCGAGGAUAUCGUGGCCAGCUUGAUGAACACGGAGGCCGGCAACGCUGCGGUGAAGCCGAAGCUGAUCAUCGGACACGGUGACAACUUCUACUGGACGGGAAUCAACAGUCUGGAGGGUCGUGACUCGCGCUUCGCCACGACGUUCGAGGAGAAGUUCAAUGGCAACAACAUCAAGACGAUCCCAUGGGUGAACGUGUUGGGUAACCACGACUACGGUGGAGCCAGUUACGUGUGCAACCAAGGAGACAACAACGCUAAGUGCGAGACUACAGACGCGCUUCUACAGGGUCUGGACAACAAGUUCAAGUGGCAAUCGGAGUACACGAGUCCGAACGACAACCGCUGGAACCUGGACGACCACUUCUACGUGCACCGUAUCGAGGAUGCCGCCUCGGGCUUAAGCAUCGACGUCUUCAAUGUGGACACGAACGACGCCGACAUCCACGGCGCCAUGCAGAUCUGUUGCCAGUGCUACGGCUACUCGAACGGUGACAGUGCUACGUGUCGUAACGCAGGACGCGGCCACCAGUUCUGUUGCGGUGGUGAUACCGCAAUGUUUGACGCGUGUAUGGGCAAGUUCAACCAGUGGGGAGACGAUUCUCGCGCUCAGAUCGCUGAGAAGGUGAAGCAGUCGACGGCCACGUGGAAGAUUGUCAACAGCCACUACAGCCCGUUCAACCACUACACGGAGCAGAAUAUGAACAAGUGGUUCGACGCACUGCGUGGUUCGGGUGUCCACGUGUGGCUGAACGGCCACACUCACGGUGAGAAACACGACUAUUCGCCGUCUUUGGGCAUUCACUUCGUUGAAAACGGUGCUGGCGGUGGUAUCCAGAAGGAACCGGCCAGUGGCAUUCCGGCGUACGCGGCCCCGUUCGUGCAGAACAAGUGGACGUACGGAAGCGACGAGUACGGCUUCAUGUCGCUUCAAGCGUCCAAGGACUGGAUUAAGCUGCAGUACCACACGGCCGACAAGACGUGGCAAUUCGGGGAGACUUUUAACAGCACGACGGUCGGCGGAGUGGCGACCAAGCACUGCUGGUACAUUCCGUCCGACGGCAAGGAAGGCAGAGGAUGCUAA